GGCAACACAUGGAUUGACCCCUGAUUUAUAUCAGUAAAAACAUUGUACAUUAUUAAUAGUUAUUGAUUAUUAUGAAUUAUUAGCAAUAAAUAGCUGCUAUUAGUGAGUCGUCCUACAGACGUGUGAAAGGCCCAGAUACAGCACGUGCCAGACUCACACUGAUCAGCUGUUAGCUGUAAAAUCACAGAUAAAACUAAGAAAAUGACUAAACUGUUAUAAACCAGUUUCUUCUUCAACUUCCUCUGUACUUUAACAGGUGAGUCGAUAUUUCUUUAAAUCAGACUUUUAAAAAUAUUUUCACAGUUAAAGAUGAAACUGAUCAACUCAGACACGUUUUUACCUCUGACAUAAGAUGCUGUGAGACUGUGUGUGUGUGUGUGUGUGUGUGUGUGUGUGUGUGUGUGUGUGUGUGUGUGACAGCGGAGAACUCCUGCAGUUUAACAAGUAAACGAGAAUCCACUGUCUGAAUCCUACAAAAUAAAAGACUUCCGUGUGAAAUGAAAAGUGAAUAAACUCCAAAGUGUGGUCACUGAGGAGGGCGUGUGUUUCGGUGGAAGCAGCAGCUGAGGAUCCUGGGAUAUUUUAGGAUGAUGACGAUGAUGAAGAUGAGGAUGACGGGGAGGAGGAGCUCUGACGUCAUAGUUAUAUGUGGGGUUUUUUGCAGCUCCGCAGUGCUGCUGUGUGACCUGAUAAACCGCUGGAAGCUGCGGAAGGAUUGUUACUUUAACUCUUCUCCACUCCUCUUUCUCCUCCUCCUCCUCCUCCUCCUCUUCCUCCUCCUCUUCCUCUCUCUCUUUGUCUCCAUGCGGUUCUCCCUCCCGCACCGACACAAACACCGGGCCUUCCUGUAGCCGCCGCCCCGGUCUGCCUGUCCCUCCGGCCAGCGGAGCUUCCCAGCUGAGCCCCGCUGAGGUGGCCUGGUUCCCGGCGAGAGAUGCUGUAGAGCAGCCGGCGGAGGAGAUGCUUCUUCCGGACUGAAGAGAGCAGAAAGCAGCGGAGGGAAAGCAGGAAGAUGUCCGGCAGGAUGCCUCUGACCCCGGUGAGCGAGUCCGAACAGGCACCGCCAAAGUGUUCAGACAGGCUCCCCGAGCCGCCGGCUCCGCCCACCAAAUCCUCGAGCCGCCACAGUCUGCCGCCAUGUCGCAGCUCUGUGGCCUCCCUCGCCGACGAACAGCCGCACGUCGGCAACUACCGCCUGAUGAAGACCAUCGGCAAGGGCAACUUCGCCAAAGUCAAACUGGCCCGACACACACUGACGGGCCGAGAGGUCGCCAUCAAGAUCAUCGACAAGACGCAGCUGAACCCGACCAGUCUGCAGAAGCUCUUCAGGGAAGUCAGUGUGAUGAAGAUCCUCAACCACCCCAACAUCGUGAAGCUGUUUGAGGUUAUUGAGACGGAGAAAACUCUGUACCUGGUGAUGGAGUACGCCAGCGGAGGUGAGGUCUUUGACUACCUGGUCGCUCACGGACGGAUGAAGGAGAAGGAGGCCAGAGCCAAGUUCCGCCAGAUUGUGUCAGCUGUGGAGUACUGUCACCAGAAGAGGAUUGUACACAGAGACCUCAAGGCAGAGAACCUCCUGCUGGACGCCGACAUGAACAUUAAAAUAGCCGACUUCGGCUUCAGUAACGAGUUCACGAUGGGCAGCAAGUUGGACACGUUCUGCGGCUCCCCUCCUUACGCGGCUCCUGAACUCUUCCAGGGGAAGAAGUAUGAUGGGCCGGAGGUGGACGUCUGGAGUCUGGGAGUGAUUCUCUACACGCUGGUCAGCGGCUCGCUGCCCUUCGACGGACAGAACCUCAAGGAGCUGAGGGAGCGUGUUCUCAGAGGAAAAUACCGGAUUCCCUUCUACAUGUCGACAGACUGUGAAAACCUGCUGAAGAAGCUGCUGGUCCUGAACCCCGGGAAGCGAGGCAGCCUUCAGCAAGUCAUGAAGGAUCGAUGGAUGAACGUCGGCUACGAGAGCGAAGAUCUGAAACCGUUCACAGAACCAGAGCAGGACUUCAGCGACCUCGAACGCAUCGAGCUGUUGGGGACGAUGGGCUUCCCUCAGGAGGAAGUGAUGAAGGCGCUGGACGGUCAGAAAUACAACGAGGCGAUGGCGACGUACCUGCUGCUGGGGAAGAAACCCGCUGAGUUUGAAGGCACGGAGUCUUUGUCCAGCGGUAACCUGGUACCAAGGUCGCGACCCUGCAGCGACCUCAACGGCUCCAGUCAGUCCCCCGCCCACUCUCGCAACGUACCGACCAAUCAGAAGCAGCGGCGUUUCAGUGACCACGUGGCGCCUUCCAUCCCCCCGCCUGUCUCCUACACCAAGCGUUCCCACGCCAACAGCGUAGAGAGCGACAGAAGGGAAGAUCCCGCCUCACCCGUGGGAGCUCCGGACCGCAGGAAGUCAGCCACAGCCUCAGGGAGCAUGACUCGCAGGAACACGUAUGUUUACGAGAGGACGAGCGCUGACCGCCACUCCGCCGCCAUCCCCAACGGGAAGGACAGCAGUCUACCUGAGGUACCUGCAGCGUCCCCCUCCCCGUCACCAGGGGGAGCCGUCUCCUCCACACGCCCCCGUCAUGUCAAGUCCAUGUCAGCGUCAGGACAUCCCAUGAAGUCCAGCCUGCCCCCCAUCGACGACAACGCGGAGUAUCAGAGCUCCCCCCACCAGCCCCCCUCCUCGCCGUCAGCCUUCAGUGUCACCAGCAGCAGCAGCAGCACCACGCCGGACCGGACCCGCUUCCCCCGCGGCUCCUCCAGCCGCUCCACCUUCCACGGCGCUCAGCUCAGAGACCGACGACCCGCCACGUACAACGGGCCCCCGGCCUCGCCCAGCCUGUCGCAGCACGCCGCCGCGUCGCUGGCCGCACCUCACCGCGGCACCUCCAGCUCCCUCAUCGGGAAGAUCACCUCCAAGUUCGUACGCAGGAGUUUAUCAGGCGAACCCAAAGAGGAGGUGCGGGACUCCAAGCCUCGCUCGCUGCGGUUCACCUGGAGCAUGAAGACCACGUCCUCCAUGGAGCCGGGCGACAUGAUGAAGGAGAUCCGGCGGGUUCUGGACGCCAACAACUGUGACUAUGAGCAGCGCGAGCGCUACAUGCUGUUCUGCGUGCACGGCGACGCCCGGCAGGACAGCCUGGUCCAGUGGGAGAUGGAGGUGUGCAAACUGCCCCGCCUCUCGCUCAACGGCGUGCGGUUUAAACGGAUCUCGGGCACGUCCAUCGCCUUCAAAAACAUCGCCUCCAAAGUGGCCAACGAGCUCAGGCUGUGAACGAAUCACAUGAUCCUGAAACACUGACGAGGAGGACGUCUCUGCACCUCCUCUUCAAAGGACGACGCCCCGUCUCGUGGCGGCGGCCGUCUUGUGUUCAGCACUAUUCCAGGAUAACUGCUGUAUGACUCAGAGAAACUUCACCUUAUUAUACUCCACACAGUUACUAUUUAAUGUUAUCACUAAAUGUUGACGCCAGUGAAACCAAAUAUGAAAUCAAGUGGCGGCGCAGACAUCCAGCAGGUCGUGGUUCGUCCCUCGGUGUUCGGUCGGUUUAUCGCUGCGUUUACAUGCACUAAAGAAAUCUGAUCCUCCCAAAACCUUGGAGACUGAGUCCUGACCAUCACGUAAAGUGGAAACUCUGUCAGGUCAAAGGGAUUAAAGCUGAUCCACACAGGUAGAUUUCUACUGGAGGAACCUUUGAGCGAGCAAAGAGCCAGGACAGGAAGGAGUAUUCAGGAGGAGACGGAUCAGACUGCAUGUAAUCUGAAGUGUUAGAGUUAUUAUAAUGUUGCUGAGCAUGUCAACGCGUUAUCCAGUUUCUUGCCUUAACCUGAUCUCUUGACAGUGACCUGGUUCCUGGAGUGCAGGUGAAUCAUUACCUCUGCUCUACCUGUGCAACUCUGCUGGCAUGUGAAGUACAGGAAAGUAGAACAGCUGUUUACAGACGCAGUGAAGGUCGAAAACACUCAGUAUUCAUCAUGACCCUGUUGUGAACAGACAAAUUAAUUAAAGGAGAGCGUCGGUGAGUUUUAUGGACGUGGACGAGACCCAAGUUACAAACACCUUCGCUAUCAGUUUUUUCUUCGCUCACCAAGUAAUCACUGUUUAGCUUUGUUAAAAUCAUGAAGGUUUCAAAUUCUUAUUGUAGCUGCUGCAGUGAAGCCGAUUUGUCUUAGAACAUGGAAAAUAAACGCUUCAUUUCCUCUUAAAGACCAAUGAAAGCAAAGCUGAGUGAGAGAUUAGCUAGCUAACGUGUUUAUGUCAUGACUCUGUUGCGGCGAUGGCGUAAUUGCAUAUAAAGUCAAUGCUAAUGCUGCAUUCACGUGCUCCUCGGAUUCAAAUUGUGGAAACAACAUGGCUGUUACGAAGAUGUGCAGUGUCUUAUUGGUCAGAGCGUUAAGCAGCAGGUUGCUAGCUUACUGCUAACGGAUAAUGUUUCUAACUGAUCCAGGUUGUUCUAUGUCGACAGCAACUAACAGUUACAACCUAAUAACAUAUUAUAAUUUAAAUGUUAAUGAAAUAAUGCACGAGAUGCAAAAUGUGAAUUUGCACCAUUAAUCAAAAGUUUCUCACCAUAAACCAAACAUUUACUUUCGUCUGCCAUGUUUCUGCAUAAAUGAUGUCAUCAACUUUUCGUUGACUUUCCGAGUCGGUGGUCGCGCGAUAGACGGCGAGAGAAGGGAUUGAAAACGGUCAGUUUGAGCUGUAGCACAAACAACACACAGGGUUGCCAGACGUCCUGGUUUUCCAGGGUUUGUUCUAUUUUUGAAACGACUGUCCCGGAAAAUUGAUAUUCUUUCCUGGGACACGAAUUGUCUCGGCUUUUGUGAAAAUGCACGUAAAAAAAAAAAAAAAAAAAAAAAGAUUUCCUAUAACGCUAUUCUGCUUUCUUCCUGGUUAUGUCCAACUCCGUGUUAGGGGGUAGACAAGUGGCAGCAAGGGUGUUAGUAAAAAAAGAAAACAAGUGGUGAGGGUGCUCACUUUAGCUCUGAGCCGCCGAUCCUGGGUUUGACUCCCGACCGGCUCUUUACUGCAUGUCUCAAAAUAAAACUUCAGUUUUUUGAAAUGGGGGAGAAAUGGAUGAGAAGGACGUGGAAACAAAACCAGGGGAAAAUUUGAAUCAACGCUUCGUGGUUGUAUCCCUCCGCCACUCAGACUAGUUCCAGGUUACAGAGUCACAUUACAUAUGCUGUGAAGUCCUGAGUUACACCUAAAAAGUGUUUUGUGAGGUCACACUGACCUUGAACUGAAAUUCCCUCAAGGCGUUGCCGGAGAUAUCACGUUCACAAGGAUAAAACUGAAUUUUGUGAGGUCACUGUUACCUUUGACCUUUCACCUUUCACCACCAAAGUCUAAUCAGUUCGCCCCUGAGUCCAACUGGACAUUUUUACCAAAUUUGAAUAAUUUCCGUCAAGGCGUUACUGAGAUAUCGUGGGAUGGACAGUUUUUCACACAUCAAACGUGGCAACCGUUCCAAUCACCGAUGUUAGCCUGUUAGCCACAGCUAGCUCCUGUUGGUACAUUAGCUUGUUGAGGCGGAUGAACUCAGAUGACUGUGGAGUCCGGCUGCUCAGUUUGUGUAUCACACCUUAACAGCUAGUUGACAAAUUAACAGGUGUUAGCUCCUUAGCACAAAAGUACAGGUAUAAAUUAGGUUUCUCUCUUGCUAAUGUUAGCUUAGCAUAGUGUUCUGUCGUACAUGAUGGUAAAGUGAGUUAAGUUUCGUCCAUUCACUCUCACCUGGACGUGUUUAUAGGGAAAGAGGCUCGUACCUCAGCAGAGAUCCACCUUUACGCCGUAGGUUGCACAGUUUGCAGCAGAGGGAAUGAGUCAUGAAACGUGAUGAACAAUCAGGUUGUGACAACAUCCUCACUGAGGAAAUGUGACCUCUGACCUCCUGACGCAGCGCACCCUUUUACUCCCCCUGCUGGCUGAUGUUAAUACUGUUGCAAUAAUAUUAGAGCGUCGGCGACGGUGUCGAUGCUCGGCAACAUUUCCUGGUUUGUUCAAACACAAACUGUAAAUCUUUUUCUGCAUUUACAGCUGACAGAUCAGAAUGUGUUUUCAUUAUUUCUUCUCUGCUGUAUAAGAUGAUACCUGUCCAGGUGGAUGUACAGGUUCAGGGUUGAUUCGUCUUGGUUUGUGUACAGAGUCUGUUAUUAUUUGGUCUACACUGUCUCCAUCUUUAUUAUUUUCCCACCAUUGGAAAUGUUUUUAUUCUUAUUUUCAAGGUUUUUAGCAGUGAGAUCAAAUUCAGAUUUUUUUUUUUUUAUAACGGUGGUCGUGUUUAUGUUGCUGUUGAACGGAGCAUAAACCAGAACGACACCAAUGAGACGUUCAAAUGCACUUCAAGUUCAACAAAGCAAAUCAUUCACACGUCUCCGUUUCAAACUUAAAGGUCACUCUGGUUUUUUUCUAUUUCUUUCUGUCAUGAACAAACCUCAUGUGCAGCGACGAACCAACAACGUGUCAGUCCGUCUUCUUCAGCUCCGAGCUCAUUGGUUCCUACUGAACAUGGAAAAAAAACUCAAUACAGUUUCACUGAAAAAGAAAAGCUCGGCAAUUUGUUAAAACAUCCUUAUGAAUAUAAAAAAAAAUUGGCAACUGACAAUAAAUAAAAUUUGAAUUAUUGGAAUAUCUGCUGUUUCAAGCGUCACAAACAUCAGUAUUCGAUGCUUUUCUUCGUUACACAUGAUAAGAAACUGAAAAACUUUGCAUUUUUAUUCAUUUUUCAAAAUUUUUUGGCAUUAAACAGACAAACGUGAAGUGAAAAAAUAAUCAGCAGAUUUAUAGUUAAUGAGAAUAAGUGUUAGUUACAGCCCUAUAGGGCAUUUGCUGGGGACUAUUUUCAGCGGAGGAUUAAUCCACUUGUGACGCAUUAGUGAGUAUUAGAGGCAGCAGGACGGUGUGUGUGUUCGCGGUGAUGAAGGAACAUGUCACCCAGGGCAACAGCGUGUUUAAUAGUUUCUGGAAACAACGGCACUAAGAAGAAUAACCUCGUUAGCACGUGACAUUAAUUGUUGGUUUGAAUCUGCACGUGGGAUUUGUUCACAUUUACUGCCGUUUCCUGUCGGAUCAACUCAAAUCUGUGUCUGUUCCACCACUCGAUGCCUUCUGAAUGUACUGCUCUGUACGUCCUAUGCAUUCAGCUGUGUCAGAGGAAAAGAGCAGUCAGUGGUUUUCCUUUCACUUUGACUUCUUUUGUAUAUUUGUAAUUAUUUUCCCACUAAUCUUUGUCUGUGUUUCAGCAGAGCUGCUAACCAGCUCUCCUUGUCUCUACAGUGUCGAGGUCCUGAGGGUUCUCUGUGCAAUGGUUCUCCAUCAUUACUGAAACCGGAGAACGCUUCGUACUGUACGUUGUAGCACUUAAACAAAAACAAAAAAAAACAACAAAAAAAAAAAACAGGAGGGGAACAAACAGUGAAAAUGUAACGUCCCUGUCUGACAGGGAUGGGAGGGGUGAAUGUGAUGCUGCCUUCAUGUCGUGGGAAAGACUGUACGUAAAUCUGAGCCUCUUACUUGAAAAUAGCCUUCACCUCAGCUUUCAGAUAGUAACUCGUACCCGGCGGCUGCCUCCGAUCUGUCAGGCUCGUCACCAACAGGGAAGUAGCAAAGUCCAGUGUAGCCAUGAUAGAUGCAUUUUAAAUAAAAACCACUGAGAUGAAA